AUGGGAUGCAUUGCCACGGUGUGCUCGGUGUAUCCCCCGAAGCACAUCGUUCAUGAUUUUUUGAUCCACUUCAUCAAGGCAUUAGUCACUUUGCCAGAUCAGAAUCUGCACCGUUACGCUAAUGAUUACGAGGAUGAAGAUACGCAGUUUCCUAUUGUAUCACAAAUUUGGAAGUGCUAUAGCAUUAUCGCCGAAGCCUUUUACGAUGAAGCCAAGGAGUUAAACUGGGAGUACUCUGAUGUAGAGACUAUGGGGUCGGAGACGCAACUCCGCUGGAGAAACUUCCAGUCCUUCAUCGCCCGUCUAAUAGACGUAGUCGGGUGCUACACCUCGUAUGCGCUGCAUGAUGUACUUCCAUCGUCACUUCGUUAUCCCAAUCUAAAAGAGCGCGUCCAGGGCGGCCCAAGGCGUAUCGCCGGCGAGCUGAUCGCGGGAGCGUACUGGCUGGAGACGGAUGAGGCCUGCCGUCUGUUCUACGAGCAUUGCAAGGAAGGCGGUCAAGAUGAAGACGACCGUUGCGGCGUUUGGUCUCUAAAAGGCUGGGAUGAAUUAAAGAGUCAAAUGGUUUUCAUUGCAGAAGAGCUAAAGUUUGGUCCGGAUGAUUUGGAGUUGGCUGAAGAGAUUCGGGAGUUGGCAAUUUCUUUGAAAACGAGAAUGGACGCUCAGAAUUAG